AUGGAUCCGAAAAUGAAUGCUUUCUUUGUUUUUGAUAACAGGUAUUUCGAAGCUGGUGGAGCUCCAGAGCAAGUGAUCAAACUCUUGCCCCAGAAUUAUCUCGCAGUGGCUCAGAUGGCGAACUUGAUGGCGGAAUGGCUGAUAUUGACUGGCUAUACGAUAGAGGAAGUGCAGCGAAUGGUGGAAGAUCACAUGAAGGAACUUGUGACGAAAGUUUUUGACCCGAAAAAGGCGGAUACGAUAUUCACGGAGGAAGGCGAGACCGCUGCUUGGCUGACUGAAAUGGUGGACCACUACACUUGGCGAUCAUUGAUCUACAAAUUGGCGGAAGAAUAUCCCGAUUGUUUGAUGCUCAACUUUACUAUAAAGUUGAUUUCUGACGCCGGUUUUCAAGGAGAAAUCACCAGUGUCUCAACUGCGUCACAACAAAUCGAAGUUUUCUCCCGAAUCCUGAAGACAUUUAUUAAGAAUGUUGUCAGUAGUUCGCGGGAAGAUCAAAUCAACAGCUUGAAAGAAUACGCGAAAAUGGUUUGUCACGGUCAACAUACGUUCGUGUACACUGCGACGCUUCUGCAUCUGUUGGAAGCGGAGGGAGUCAAAUUGCCUUUGGUCACCCGUCUUUUUCAAGAAAUUACCAGCGUUGCCGUGCAACAAGGUCAUGACGUCGCGCCAAUUUUGAUGGCGCUGGUUCGAACCGGAACCGAUGCUUUCGAGGGAAAUUCCCAAACCAGAGCUAGUCAAGUGUUGAGUGCAAUGUUAUCCAAAAAAGCCUUGAAUCCAGCUGACAUUACCACGUUGCAUAAACUCUACUCCAGUGAUGAUCCUCCUCCAAUUCAUCUCAUCAGAAUUCCACAAUUCCUUGAUUUGUUGGUUGAUGCGUUGUUCAAACCGGGAAUGAAGAUUAAUCCGGAACACAAGCCCAAGUAUAUCAGCUUAUUGGCAUACGCUGCCAGUGUGGUUGAAACGCGAAAGGACGGCGAGAAAAGUCUGAAACAAGAUGAGCUGAAACCGACUUCGCAAGCUAUUGAACGUGCUCACAACGUUUGUGCGGGAAAUAAAACGUCUGCUGAACUUCUAGCAGAAUUAUCCUCCCUGUAUCAUUAUUUAAGGUUUCCGGUUGUUGCGGCAGGAAUCACGCGGUGGGUUUCCGGUGUCGUGACGGAGCCGUCGUAUUUCAAAUUGAGCGUGGAACAGACCCCGAUUCACUUGGUGUUGCUCGACGAAGUUGUGCUUGUGCAUCACAUUUUGCAUGAGGAUGUUUUCACCCUGCUGCAGAAUCUAUUCGAAGUCGAGCUGGAGGAUCUCGAGAUUCUUGUCCAGCUGGACCUGAAGAAGAUGAUCAUCGACCGGAUGGUGAACCUCGUGAGUCGCGGCUAUGUGAUCCCGGUGCUCAAGUACAUGGCUAAUAUCUGCCAAAAAGAGAAAACCGACUAUUCGUUAGUGCGAUACUUCGUUCGAGAAAUCCUCGAAAUGGUUGCUCCUCCCUUCUCCAAGGAGUUCAUGGAAAACUUUUCCCCGUUGAUUGAGAACGAGAACAUAACGGGUUCGAUGCGUGCCGCAGCCGCCUCAUCGUCGUCGUCAUCGACGUCAACAACCGCCGCCGUCGUUCCGGCGUCUUCAUCGGUCAGCAUCGGAGCGGAUGCAGCUGGGGAACGAGUCGGAGACGGACCUGUGCCUCCGAAGGCGGAUCUCGUGGAUUUUCUGGGUUCCUCGCGUCGUGCGACGUGAAAUGUGUUUGUUGUUUUUUUGUUUCGAGUUCAGUGAAGUUCAAUGGCGGCGAUGAAACUUGAACAUGCAAUCUGAAGCAUACCUGAUUCGUUUGCGAGUCGGGGUUUUUGGAUUUUAAACAGUUAAUCGCCAUUCGAUUCGUGCGAUUUCUGAAAAUUGACGUAAGUGUAUUCUUUUCGAAACAAGUACUUUACUGUACUUAACAGUGAUGCCUCCUGAAAUAAACAUAUUCAACGCGUGGUUCUUCAUAUUGGACCCUUUUUCUGCAAAAAAAAAAAACAUUAAUGCACUCCAAUCGAAGAUAUUCACAGCUGAAUAAAGUAUUGAAUAUUAUAGAGCAUAAUAUUUCAUCGCAACAUUAAAUAUUUUAAAUUUUACCAUAAAUCAGUUGGUUUUUCAUGGGUUUUUAUUACCGGUAUUCUAACACCGCCUAAUCGCAUAGUAUCACCUAACCGGAUUUUGUUGUUACUGCUGCUGCUGUAUUCUAUUUUUCCGAUUCUUCAAGUUAUUCAUCGCCUUCACUUGAUCUUGCGGUUUUGUGACCUGAUACAUAGACGUGACUUGGAUUUUUCCUUGCCUGGGGGAACGGAUUUUGCGCGUAGAGAAAAAAAUUUUUUUCUUUCCGAUUUAUGACGAAAAAUUCAUGCAUUCUCGGCGAUUUUGAAUCCGUUAUGCAUGAAAUGUCAUCGGAUUGCAUUCAGCGUAUUCACGAUAGAAACUGCCGAAAAACAUUAACAUAAUUAGAUUCAAACGUUUUUACCUUUUUUUCUCGAUGCAAGAGAAACCAACACAAUUAGGGUUGAAGUUGUUUGCUUUGGUUGUAAUUUUGAAAAGAAUGACAUUUUGUAUGCUCAUGUUGCGUUUUUUUUUUACGCGAGGAAAUGCCAAAUGAAUGCAUUCAAGUGUAUUUGUAUUAUGACUUGAAUUAUUCUGAAUGUCGAGUCCGUGUAGUUUUUUAUUCGUCUUCAAAACGGUAUUUCAUCUGUUCCAUUGCCGUACUUAAUUUUUGAUGCGUUAAAAUCGCACUGAAGGAUGGUAUUUUUUUUGGAUCAGGGGAAGAAUUGAGUGUUUUCCAAAUAAUGCAUUUGUCUCCUCAUUUCAUGUUUCUAAAAAUGUCCACCACCGAAUCCGAAAAUUCCCGCCAGGGAGGUUAUUCUUGUACUGUUUUAUUUGUAUUGCUUUGUUAUUUUGUGGAUUGAUGAAAAAGGCCUUUAGUUCAA